AUGGCGGUGACAACAGUAGAGGGCAUUGGGAGCUUGAAGGCGGGACUACAUCCGGUUCAGAAUAAUGACUUCACUGAUACAGAAUAUUUGGCUUGUAAUGGUGGAACACAAUGCUGUAGAUCUGAGGGUGGAAUCCAUGGGAUGUUAGAAAAUGAAAAACCGAAGCCUUUAAGAUUUACCGGUGAUGACGUCACUUGGCUGAGACCUAUCAAUCUUCACCAACUCUUCGAUAUCAGAAAACAGUUUCCAAAUUCAAAACUGGUUGCAGGAAAUACGGAAGUAGGUGUCGACACGAAUCUGAAGAAAACGAGAUAUCCAAUAUUAGUUUCACUUGCCCACGUUACUGAGUUGAACUCUAUUGAAUCAUGUGAUGUUUGUGUCAAAAUUGGAGCAUCAGUGACACUAUCGAGAAUUCAGAAUUUUUUAAGUAACUUAAUGAAUGAGCUUCCAGAUCACAAAUGUAAAUCUUUGGCCGUAAUUGUCGAUAUGCUUCAUUGGUUUGCCGGUGAGCAAAUACGAAACGUCGCCUCUAUUGGUGGUAAUAUAAUUACCGGAAGUCCUAUAUCUGAUUUGAACCCGAUAUUUAUGGCGGCUGGAUGCACUCUUGAGGUUGCCGACACAGAAGGGGUUCGGCGUUUAUUUCCAAUUGCAAAUAACUUCUUCACUGGUUAUCGGACAAAUGCGAUGGAGCUCAGUGAGACUCUUAUAUCAAUCACUGUUCCAUACACAAAUAAGUCGGAGCAUUUCAAAGCAUUUAAACAAGCCCAUCGCCGUGAUGACGACAUAUCUAUAGUGAAUGCUGCCUUCAGGGUGGACUUACAAGAUGACGUCAUCCAGAGCUGUUCCAUGGCAUUUGGUGGAAUGGCACCCACAACAAAAUUAGCAAGUAAAACGAUGAACAAGAUUAUUGGAAGGACGUGGGAUAAAUCAUUGCUUGACGAUACAACCGUACUCCUCGCCGACGAGAUGUCCCUUCCACCUGACGCACCUGGCGGGAUGGUUGAGUACAGACAGUCCCUCGUACUCAGUUUCUUUUUCAAAUUUUAUCUGAGUGUGAGACAACACUGUUCAUUUCCAGAGAAUACAUUUGUCAAUGUACAAUCAGUAGAUAUGUCAGCAACACAUCCUUUUAAAAGAGCCGGUGUACGGAGCACUCAGAUGUUUCAGGAGGUUCCUGAAGAUCAACUCUCUGUUGAUCCUGUUGGCCGCCCAAUGGUUCAUUCGUCUGCCUACCAGCAGGCUACUGGAGAAGCUGUCUACAUCGAUGAUAUGGUUCCAUUUCAAGAUGAACUGUACAUGGCCAUUGUAUUCAGCCAGAAAGCACAUGCAAUACUCAAGUGUGUUGACGCUACAGCAGCGUUGCGCAUGCCUGGGGUCUAUGCGUUUAUCGACCACAAUGACGUCACAGGAAGUAACUUUUUUGGUGAACUUGGGCAGGGCGACGAACUCUUCGCUACAGUAAAGGUAACUUGUGUCGGCCAGUACAUCGGAGGAAUCGUAGCAGACAACAAGCAGAUAGCCCAACGAGCAGCCAGAAUGGUUCGUGUGGAAUACCAAGAAUUGGAACCAAUCAUCUCCAUUGAAGAUGCCAUAGCGAAAGAAAGCUACUUACAGCCAAUCAGAACAUUGGGAAUCGGCAACGUGUCGGAUGGGUUUAAUAACUCAGACCAAAUAAUUAAAGGCGAAAUCAAACUCGGUGAACAAGAGCACUUUUACUUAGAAACACAAUCUGGAUUAGCUCUACCAAAAAGAGAAGACAAUGCCAUGGAAAUCUUUUCCGGAUGUCAAGAUCAAAAAUUUAUUCAGGCAAGAGUUUCAAGUGUUCUCGGAGAACAGUUUCACAAGAUCACGAUUCGAGUGAAGAGACUUGGAGGCGGCUUUGGCGGGAAAGAAACACGUAGUUGGAAUCUUUCUGCUGCUCUUGCGGUUGCAGCCAAAAGAGUUGGGCGACCAGUGCGAUGUAUGUUUGACCGCGAUGAGGACAUGUCGAGUACGGGAACCAGACAUGCUUUUCUGGGACGUUAUAAGGUUGGCUUUACUAAUGAGGGCAAGAUACAAGCAUUGGAGAUUGAUAUGUACAGCAAUUGCGGAAAUUCUCAGGAUUUGUCAAUCGAAGUAAUGGAUCGUGCCAUGUUUCAUGUGCAAAACGCCUAUUACAUCCCUAAUGUAACAACUAGAGGGUACUGUUGCAGGACCAACAUCCCUUCGAAUACAGCAUUUAGGGGAUUUGGAACUCCUCAGGCUUUGAUGAUGGCAGAGAACUGGAUCUCUGACAUUGCGUUGGUGUGUGGCAUUUCACAGAGAAAGGUGCGGGAGAUUAACCUGCUUCAAGAUGGCGAAGCGACAUACUACAACCAGAAAGUGCAGGACGUGUACCUAAUGAAACGAUGCUGGAACGAAUGCUUGAAUAAAAGUGCUUAUGAAAUGAGGCAAUUACAAGUAAAAGAGUUCAACAGAUCAAACAGAUGGAAGAAGAGAGGAAUAUCAAUAAUCCCACUCUCGUAUGGAGUCGGCUUUCAUGCCAAAUUUAUGAAUCAGGCAGGGGCGUUUGUGAUAAUUUAUACCGAUGGAAGUGUUUUAUUGACACAUGGAGGUGUUGAGAUGGGUCAGGGGCUGCACACUAAGAUGAUCCAAGUUGCAAGCAGAACCCUGGGGAUUGCGUCUAACAGAAUUUAUACGAGUGAAAAUUCAACGAACACAGUACCAAAUACGUCACCAACUGCAGGGAGUGUUAGCUCAGAUCUGAACGGAAUGGCAGUUAAGAUUGCAUGUGAGAAGUUAUAUCGAAGACUUGAGCCUUACAGAAAACGAGAGCUAAAUAAAACGUGGGAUGACUGGGUUAAAGCAGCAUAUUAUGAUAGAGUUAGUUUAUCUGCCACGGGGUUCUACAAAACCCCUGACAUUGGCUAUGACUGGGAUACCAAGUCUGGCGAUCCCUUCUAUUACUUCUCGUUUGGUGCGGCCGUGUCUGAGGUUGAGAUUGAUUGUCUGACUGGUGAUCACGUGGUUCUGCGGACUGACAUUGUCAUGGAUGUUGGAGACAGUAUCAACCCUGCCAUUGAUAUUGGACAGAUUGAGGGCGCUUUUAUGCAAGGUUAUGGUUUAUUCACUUUGGAAGAGCAUCGUUGGAGUCCCACUGGUAAUUUACUGACAAAAGGACCCGGAUUUUAUAAGAUACCUGGCUUCACAGAUAUUCCUGUUGAAUUCAACGUUUCUCUCUUGGACGGGGUGCCGAAUAAAAAAGUGGUCUGUUCAUCUAAGGCAAUUGGUGAGCCCCCUCUUUUCUUGGCUGCCUCUGUUUUCUACUCCAUCAAAGAUGCUAUCCGUUGUUCCAGACGCAAUUCUGGUAUCGAAGGAAUCUUCCGAUUGGACAGCCCAGCUACUGCUGAGCGAAUUAGAAUGGCCUGCGCUGACAAAUUCACGGAAAAGAUCUCGUCUGCUACACCUGGAACAUUUACCCCAUUCUUUGUUCGCUCCUAAAAAGCAACAAAAAACUAUAAGUGUGAAUUUACAAUGUCUCAGUAAGGGUUACUUGGGAGUUUUUUUGUAUUAAGUAUAGAUAAUAUUCGAGGUCAAGAAUAGCAGUUUGUGGUACAGUACACAUUUACUUGAUAUCUACAAUAGAUACUAGAGAUAGUUAAAAACAUUUAUAGAAAACUUAGAGCUUUCUAAAAAUCAACAUUAUUAGUAAUUUAUUGUAGUUAUGUAAUUUUGUUUCUUCAUGAAUCUUUUAACUUUAUUUGCGAUUUUAAUCUAAUAGCGCAAUCAACUACCGUACCUUCUUUAUCCAAUUUGAAUGUUUUCAUUGUAAUGAUGUUAAUACGGCUCUUUUCUGCCAAAAAUGCUGGAACGUGUGAUAUAUUGUUUUGCCUAUAUUUGGGAUUUUACAUAUCGGCGCGCAUUUUCAUUGUAAUUGAUGUUAAUACGGAGGAUACAGUAUUAAGUUCUAGCAUUGAUUGCAUGUCAUAGCUUCGUAGCAGCAAAUCUGUUUUCUAUUGUCGAGUCUAUAAUAUUAAAAAUUCAAGCUGUCAUAUCGUUAGGAUUGUUGUGUUAGGGUGUAAUAUAGUGUCUGUCAUCAUCCUGUACUUUGGUAAACAGAUGUGGCUCUCUGACAAUAAUCUGUUAUGGUGACACGUCUGACUGGCUGUUUUCUUAGCCAAUAGAAGUUGAAAAGAAUUCUCAUCUCAAGUUCCAUUUUUAC